UCCUUGCUAUGUAUGAGAAUGUUCUUAAGUGUCCUACACUGGGCUGCACGGGACGCGGCCAUGUCAAUAGCAACAGGAACUCCCACAGAAGGUGAGUCGACCAACAGGACCGGCAGCCAUCUUGGAAAAUGCCAGAAUCAUCUGUGUUACGUCCACCUUUUAUUCAGUAGGAGAUUUUUAUUUUUUCCCUCCAAUGACGGGUUGUUACUUUAUCCUGGUUUCUUUCCUCUUUAUAAGUAUAUUUUCUUUAUUAAUUUUUUUACUGGAUAUUCCUCAUAAUUGUUUUCAUUUUGUUUAUAUUCUAUUUAUUUGCUCAUGUGUUUAUUGAUUCAUUUAUUUAUUUUCCAAUUGUAUCAUCAACUUGCCAAUAAUUUUGUGUCUGUAUAUUGUGUCACUAUUUUUAUUGAUUGCGAUGGGAAAGGGGCUUACAAAAGUAGUUGGCUUUGGAUAUCUCAGUUACCACCACCAUACCUAAUUAUGUGGUUGCUUAUCUAAUGCUAAAUCUGGAGUCACACUUGAAAUGCUGUAAUCCACACAUCAAGGUUUCCGGGAGAGAAGCUGUGUGUAGGGGUGUGGGUGUUGAGGGUGGAACUGAAAUAGCCGUGUGCUCCCCUCUCCUGUCACACAGCUAGAGACAGAGAGGUGAGAGAGAAAGAGAGAGAGAGAGAUGAGAAGGAGUGGAGUGUCACCCACAGCAGAUGUUGUGAGAGUCAGGGUGUAGCAGCAGCCAUUAGCACCUCUCUACCACUCUUGCAGGAGGGCAGGAAGGCUACAGACCUGGGAAGACUGGAGCUCUCUCUUGCUGAGCACAGUGUCACUCACACACUGACACUCAGACAGGCAUGCACACACACGCUCACACACACAGAUACACAUUACAUACACACACAGACAUACACACACUCAACUUCUCAGACAGUCAUGUGCACUAACACACACACACUUGCAAAACACACACACACCUAAAUGAACACCUACUAACUGAUACUCACACCUCAAGAAGACACCUCUCACUCCACCAGCGCUGGCACAGGGCCAUGAUCUAAAUAACCUCUCCACUGGGACUUAAAGUCUCUUUACACUUGACGACAUUUACAAAGAAGAAUUUGUGAAAUGAUAAAUAAUGACGAGGGCCUUUGUUAAAUGUGGUUGAUUGGCAGUAUCUCAAGCAGCUGUGCUGCAAUAAUAGAUCCUUUAUUAACCUUGGGAGGUUGGUGUGUGUGUUUUGGGAGGUUGUUUGGCCGGUGUGUGUGUGUGGAUUGGGUAGCAGGGACAGGAUUGUGUUUAUACUCUGAAGCCACUCAACCAAAAAAAAGCAAUCUGUUAUAAUAACCAACUGCGUUGUUGUUAUUUAAAACGUUUGAUGAAAAUUUAUGAUAUUGGAAAUUAACCAAAAAACUUGUUGAAAGGUAGGCAGGCAGAUGGAUAAUCAGACAGGCAGGCAGACACCUCCAUUCCUAGAAAGACUGACAGACAGGCAGGCAGAAAGACAGACAUACAGACAGAUGGUCAGAGAUGCAUUGAAUGGAACCAUUAUAUUGGUUCAGAUAUGAUCAGUCUCACCUCCAUUACUGGUUGUCUUACUCAUCACCCCUCUGUUGUCCUUUCAGCCUAUCGGGGUGUCCCAUCGCUGCAGCAGAGAAGCUGGCUAAAGCCCAGGAGAAGAGCAUAGGAUGCGACGGCUCCUCCAAGUCUAACCAGGGCUCUGACCGCGUGCUCAGGUACUGUUCACUGCUCACCACACCACACCACACUCAGCUUCCAUAGGGAACACCUCACUGGUCCAACGGCCUGAAUAUAUUAAUUUAUUUAUCCUCAAGUGCUCUACCAGGGUUGGGUUUCAUUCAAUUUCAAAUGAUUUUACUCUUCCUGAAUUGAAAUGGAAUUGACCCCAUUAUGGAGCGCUACAUUAUAUCCUCCCUUACUCUGCUUGCAUUAUUCAGUCAGUGUUGGAAGGUUUUCUUAAUUACUGUAUUAUAGAUUAAAAUGUUUCUCUAUGUCUGUUUGAUUUCUUUAUCUUUUGAUCUCUCAGACAGUUAGAGUUUGUAGACACUCUACGUUCAGUUUCUUGUUUAUGAAGUGAAAGCCUUUAUUGGGUUUCAAAGAGCCGAAUCAUUUCAACAAAAGUUUUUUUGAUAUGCAAUGGUAGAUAUAACAUUUCUAUCCAAUUAGACUGCAUCACUAAUUCAAGCUCUGAUAGUUUUUAGAUGAAAACAUUUUUAAAAAUAAUAUCAGAGAAAAUGCAUGGCUUUAAUUAUGAGUUGUGUUUGGGUGAGACAUUUUCAGGAAACAUUGUAGUGUUGCAACAACAGACAGCAUAGACAUGUAGCUUAGAUUAACUAAAAGCUAAAUCCAAGGAUUCUCUUAAGCUAGAGUUGACUGUUGCCAAAACCUUUUCCCUUGGCUAUGUUCCCCUCCCCUCUCCCUGCCCCCUCUCCUCCCUUCCCACCUCCCCUGCACUGCGUGAUGUUUGGUGCCUCUGCUCUGUCCAACCUACGCCCCCUCGUGGUUUAUUUUCCAGGCCUAUGUGCUUUGUGAAACAGCUGGAGAUCCCUCAGUACGGCUACAAGAACAACGUGUCCACCAGCACGCCACGCUCCAACCUGGCCAAGGAGCUGGAGAAGUACUCCAAGACCAGCUUUGACUACAGCAGCUUCACAGACAGCAGCCACAGCAACAAUGUCUAUGGCAAACAGGCCAUCGCACCCAAGCUCCAAGGCAGGGACACCUCUCCCAAAGGAUAUGAUGGUACAGCCCAUCUUACUGGCACUUCAGUUGUAUCUGUUCCUACUUUAUUCAGGUAGUCAAUAUGAAUAUUGUGUGUCAGUAGAAUAAUGAAUAUCCUUGCCUCUGUGGUUUGGUUUAUGAAUGGUCUGUAUUCCAAGCCUUUUUUCUCCACAGAUUCAUUGUAUUUUUGCCCAGUAUUUCCAAAUUCACCAAUAUUUUUACCUCCCAAAUUCUUUAUUGUUGAAUGCAUCCCCCAAAGCCAAACUACUGUAAGAGUAUUUCCAUGCAGUGUAUGUCUCUAUACUUGUGGAUGAACUAUCCCUAUCUCUGUGUGCUUGUGUCCUCCAGUCAAGCGCUACUGUAAGAACUCCAGCUCAGCGAGCAGCCCGAACAGUACCUACGCCCCCAGCAGCAGCAGUAGCAGCCUGAGCUGUGGAGGAGGGGGCGGAGGGGGAGGCAGCAGCGCCAGCUCCACCUGUAGUAAGAGCAGCUUCGACUACACCCACGACAUGGAGGCUGCACACAUGGCCGCCACGGCCAUCCUCAACCUGUCCACACGCUGCAGAGAAAUGCCCCACGGACUGGGAGGAAAACCCCAGGAUCUUUGCUCUCGGGUAGGCCUUGUUUAGUGACAAACCCUUUAUAAAGCCUUUAUAGCUGAUACCUUUAAGUAGAGUUCACAUGAGAGAAUGGGAUUGUCCGUAUUGUACAAUAUUCAAAGGACGUGAGAGGAGGACACUACAGGUUUGUUUGUUUGUUGACUUUCGGACAACUGGAAAUAUCCAAAUCCCACUUGACAUCCUGUGGUCUACCAUACAGUAUCUCCUGUGGUCUACCAUAGAGUAUCAUAGCAUUGGAUAGACCUUUGAAUUAUAUCCUCCAACCACCUUCCCAUCCCACUGCUAGAGGCCUUACUCUCCCAGCUCCAAGCUUCCUCUGUCCUGCCAGGUAAUGUGAGCAGUGAUGAGUGAGGACGAUAGCGUCUCUUUAGCCACACACGCUGGCACUCUGUUAAAGAGAUAUCCACGGCUGUGUCUCUGGCACGGCGCUCAGCAGGACAGCUUUUUAUUUUCCCUCCAGGGAUCAGGUAGGGUAGAUAGGGAGCACGGCGGGAUGGGACGGAUCGCCGCCGACACGCUGUGAGCCCAAUAUGUCAUCAGGAGGCGAUAAGGCGUCGGUAUCCCUGCAUUAUCAGCACGGAGAUGCUGAGCCGGUAAAUAGGAGAGAGAGUAAGCACAGCGGAGCGCUAACGCUAGCCUGGCACUAAUGUUUCACAGCGUGGUCUUUCUGGGGGUGGAGAGGAGAGCAGCGGCGGGGAGAGGUCAGGAGAAGCCAGAGGAGAGAAGAGAGUAAGGGAAAGGAGGUGAAGAGAGGAAAGCAUAGAGGAGAGGCCAUGAAGGAUGGGAAAACACAGAAGAGGAUGGAGGGGAGUAGAGGGACGCUUUCAGUGUGAGGUAGAGCGGAGUGGCAAAAGAGCCGUAGGCAAUCAGGACUUCCUCUCGCUCUUCCUCCCUUCCUCUCUUCCUCUCUGUCCAUUUCUGCUUUGUAGGCGAGACAGACAGACCGACAGGAGGCUCCAAGGCAGAGGUGGAGACAGGAAACGUCAGGGAGAUUCUCAACCUUCUUUCAUCUGAAAACCUCCAGUCAUGUCAUUGGUUUUCUCACAUUGUCUGUCUUUCCCUAUCUACAUCCAUUCCUAUCUUUCUGAGUGAAAGUGAGGGAGACUGAGGAAUACUCAUGAAUACUCAUGAAUAACUAUGUUUUAUUUUAGGAGCUGGAGGAGGCUGGUGGAAGUAAUGUGGGGAAGCAGUCACUGACCCCUCCCGCUCUCUCUUGCCCCACCUCCUCCCAGCGUAGCCCUGGAAACAGGGGACGGGGCUACCUGGGGGUCAGAUGAUAAUGAUGUGGUCCGUGAGGAAACGGGGGGGGGGGGUGGGAUCUCUGGAGAGGCUCCUUUCUCCCCUUCCCAAUCUACUACUAACUAGACAUCAUGUGUCAAUCAAGAUUAGUACUGUCAUUCACCCUGACAAGAGACCAUAUAUAUGUACAUAAACACACAUGCACACAAUCAUGCUUGUUAAUGCACAAUGACACACAUACUGUAUAUGCAUAUUAAUUUGAAGCCCACACAUACCAUGCCACAUGAAAAUAUCGCUCUCUCUUUCUUGCUGAUAGCUUUUAGCCUUGCUUCAAAGUUUCUCUCUCUCUCUCCAUUCUCCAUUCUCUCUCCAUUCUCCAUUCUCCAUUUCAAAUCAAAUCACAUCAAAUCAAACUUUAUUUGUCACAUGUGCCGAAUACAACAGGUGUAGACCUUACCGUGAAAUGCUUACUUACAAUGCAGUUCAAGAAAGAGUUAAGAAAAUAUUUACCAAAUAAACUAAAGUAAAAAAUAAUAAAAAGUAACACAAUAAAAUAAUAAUAACGAGGCUAUAUACAGCCAGUACCGGUACCGAGUCAAUGUGCGGGGGUACAGGUUAGUCGAGGUAAUAUGUACAUGUAGGUAGUGGUAAAGUGACUAUACAUAGAUAAUAGACAGCGGGUAGCAGCAGUGUAAAAACAAAUUGGAAAUAGUCUGGGUGGCCAUUUGAUUAAUUGUUCAGCAGUCUUAUGGCUUGGGGGUAGAAGCUGUUAAGGAGCCUUUUGGUUCUAGACUUUGCGCUCCGGUACUGCUUGCCGUGCAGUAGCAGAAAGAACAGUCUAUGACUUGGGUGACUGGAGUCUUCGGCAAUUAUUUGGGCUUUCCUCUGACACCGCCAAGUAUAUAGGUCCAGGAUGGCAGGAAGCUUGGCCCCAGUGAUGUACAGGGCCAUACGCACUACCCUCUGUAGCACCUUACGGUCAGAUGCCGAGCAGUUGCCAUACCAGGUGGUGAUGCAACCGGUCAGGAUGCUAUCGAUGGUGCAACUGUAGAACUUUUUGAGGGGACCCAUGCCAAAUCUUUUCAGUCUCCCGAGGGGGAAAAGGUGUUGUCGUGCCCUCUUCACGACUCUCUUGGUGUGUUCGGACCAUGGUAGUUCAUUGGUGAUGUGGACACCAAGGAACUUGAAACUCUCGACCCGCUCCACUACAGCCCUGUAGAUGUUAAUGAGGGCCUGUUCGGCCCGCCUUUUCCUGUAGUCCACGAUCAGCUCCUUUGUCUUGCUCACAUUAAGGGAGAGGUUGUUGUCCUGGCACCACACUGCCACGUCUCUGACCUCCUCCCUAUAGGCUGUCUCAUCAUUGUCGGUGAUCAGGCCUACCACUGUUGUGUCGUCAGCAAACUUAAUGAUGGUGUUGAAGUCUUGUUUGGCCACGCAGUCGUAGGUGAACAGGGAGUACAGGAGGGGACUAAGCACAGCGUGGCAGACGUGUUGUUGCCUACCCUUACCACCUGGGGGCGGCCUGUCAGGAAGUCCAGGAUCCAGUUGCAGAGGGAGGUGUUCAGUCCCAGGGUCCUUAGCUUAGUGAUGAGCUUUGUGGGCACUAUGGUGUUGAACGCUGAGCUGUAGUCAAUAAACAGCAUUCUCACAUAGGUGUUCUUUGUCUUCUUUGUCCUGGUGGGAAAGGGCAGAGUGGAGUGCGAUUGAGAUUGCGUCAUCUCUGGAUCUGUUGGGGCGGUAUGCGAAUUGGAGUGGGUCUAGGGUAUCCGGGAUGAUGCUGUUGAUAUGAGCCAUGUCCAGCCUUUCAAAGCACUUCAUGGCUACCAACGUGAGUGCUACGGGGCGGUAAUCAUUUAGGCAGAUUGCCUUCGCUUCCUUGGCCACAGGGACUAUGGUGGUCUGCUUGAAACAUGUAGGUAUUACAGACUCAUUCAGGGAGAGGUUGAAAAUGUCAGUAAAGACACUUGCCAGUUGGUCCACGCGUGCUUUGUGUCCUGAUAAUCCGCGGCUUUGUGAAUGUUGACCUGUUUAAAGGUCUUGCUCACAUCAGCUACCGAGAGCGUUAUCACACAGUCGUCCGGAACAGCUGGUGCUCUCAUGCAUGCUUCAGUGUUGCUUGCCUCGAAGCGAGCAUAAAAGGCAUUUAGCUCGUCUGGUAGGCUCGCGUCACUGGGCAGCUCGUGUCUGGGUUUCCCUUUGUAGUCCAUAAUAGUUUUCAAGCCCUGCCACAUCCGACGAGCGUCAGAGACGGUGUAGGAUUCAAUCUUGAUCCUUUAUUGACGCUUUGCCUGUUUGAUGGUUUGUCUGAGGGCAUCCGGAUUAGUGUCCCGCUUCUUGAAAGUGGCAGCUCUAGCCUUUAGCUCGAUGCAGAUGUUGCCUGUAAUCCAUGGCUUCUGGUUGGGAUAUGUACGUACGGUCACUGUUGGGACGACGUCGUCGAUGCACUUAUUGAUGAAGCCGAUGACUGAGGUGGUAUAUUCCUCAAUGCCAUUGGAUUAAUCCCGGAACAUAUUCCAGUCUUUUUUAGCAAAACAGUCCUGUAACGUAGCAUCCGCUUCAUCUGACCACUUCCGUAUUGAGCGAGUCACUGGUACUUUUGGAGGAUAGAAUUAUGGUCAGAUUUGCCAAAUGGAGGGCGAGGGAGAGCUUUGUAUGCGUCUCUGUGUGGAGUAAAGGUGGCCUAGAGUUUUUUUUCCUCUUGUUACACAUGUGACAUGCUGGUAGAAAUUAGGUAAAACGGAUUUAAGUUUGCCCGGCCACUAGGAGCACCACAUCUGGAUGAGCAUUUUCUUGUUUGCUAUGGCCUUAUACAGCUUGUUGAAUGCGGUCUUAGUGCCAGCAUCGGUUUGUGGUGGUAAAUAGACAGCUACGAAUAAUAUAGAUGAGAACUCUCUUGGUAGAUAGUGUGGUCUACAUCUUAUCAUAAGGUACUCUACCUCAGGCGAGCAAUACCUCGAGACUUCUUUAGUAUUAGACAUCGCUGUUAUUGACAAAUAGACACACACCCCCGCCCCUCAUCUUACCAGACGUAGCUUCUCUGUCCUGCCAAUGCAUGGAAAAUCCCACCAGCUCUAUAUUAUCCGUGUCAUUUGUCAGCCACGACUCAGUGAACAGAAUAUAUUAUAGUUUUUAAUGUCCCGUUGGUAGGAUAUUCUUGAUCGUAGAUCAUCCAUUUUUUUUCAAUGAUUGCACAUUGGCCAAUAGAGCGGUGGUAGUGGAGGUUUACUCACUCGCCUAUGAAUUUUCAGAAGGCAGCCCGACCUCCGCCCCCUUUUCUCCGUCUUUUCUUCACGCAAAUGACGGGGUUUGGGCCCGUUCCCGAGAAAGCAGUAUAUCCUUCACGUCGGACUUGUUAAAGAAAAUAUCUUUGUCCAGUUCGAGGUGAGUAAUCGCUGUUCUGAUUUCCAGAAGUUAUUUUCGGUCAUAAGAGAUGGUAGCAGCAACAUUAUGUACCCAAUAAGUUGAAAAAUAAGUUACAAACAAAGGGAAAAAACUAAAAAUAGCACAGUUGGUUAGGAGCCCGUAAAACGGCAGCCAUCCCCUCCGGCGCCAUUGUAGUCACCAUUUGUUGGAGUGGCGGCAACGAUAUAGCAGCGGGGGCACCGCUGCUAAAUUAAUGUAGGUGAAACACUGAUGUCUAUCAUUGGUCUACAAAGGCUGAUUCUGUUUUGUCACCAUAAUAGAGUCAAACGCCCACGACCCUGAAUCAGGUCACAUAUUGUCCAGAGCAUGAAAAAAUAACUAGCUAGAGCUAUAUGCACAUUACUCAUUUUAAUGCUAUGGCCCUUUUAAAAUAAGCUCUGGAAGCACACCCCAGUACCCCAGCCUCUGAGCCCAGAAGACUAUACAAGACUAUGUGCGUCACAGAGAAGCGGGACCGGGGUUUUGCUCCACUGGAACACAGGGAGAAUCCAGCCUAGGGGGAGUGUCGUGUGGAAUCACUGUUAAAACAGGCGUGCCUUCGCUGGAGAGGGGGAGAGGAGAAGAGAGGAGAGGAGGAGAUAAGAGGGGGAGUGGAGGGGGUUGGAGUUAGGGAUGUUAAUGAGGGCAAGGGAAGGGUGACAAAUAGACCUUACCCCUCCCCUCCAGCCCCCAUCAAAAACAGGGCAUGAUUCUACUGAGCACAUUUUCACCAGAUGCAUUACAUCAGUGGAGGCUGCUGAAGGGAGGACGGCUCAUAUUAAUGGCUGGUAUUUACAUUUACAUUUUAGUCAUUUAGCAGACGCUCUUAUCCAGAGCGACUUACAGUUAGCACAUACAUUAUUUUUAUCGAACCCACAACCCUGGCGUUGCAAACGCCAUGCUCUACCAACUGAGCUACAUCCCCUGCCGGCCAUUCCCUCCCCUACCCUGGACGACGCUGGGCCAAUUGUGCGCUGCCCCAUGGGUCUCCCGGUCGCGGCCGGCUACGACAGGUAUGAAGUCAAUGGAGAGGUAUCAACCACAUGGAAACCAUGUUUUUGAUGUGUUUGAUACCAUUUUAUUGACUCCAUUCCAGCCAUUAUUAUGAGUCUUCCUCCCCUCAGCAGCCUCCACUGCAGUACAUGGAUAUUCAGCUAGGUAGGAGAGGGAGGUAGAGUAUGUUGGACGAUUAUUCAAGCCUGUCUGUGUCCCUGAUUGUUCUGGUGUAUUUAUUGUGUUUCUGGUUGACUAGCAGCAGUCCCCCUGCAGCCGCCCAGCGUUGCCCUCCUGCCAACCUCUAACCCCAGGGACGGAGGCAGGAAGGGAGGAAGAGAGAGAGAGAGAGAGAGAGAGAGAGAGAGAGAGAGAGAGAGAGAGAGAGAGAGAGAGAGAGAGAGAGAGAGAGAGAGAGAGAGAGAGAGAGAUGGUGGGAUUAGUGCAGGAUCACUAACUUUGCUCCCGGUGGUCUUGCCCUUUACCACUGAUGACCCUGUCUCUCCCAUCAGUCACCAUGCCUUUUUCCUACCAGAUGGAAAUAUUGGGAGAGUUAUGUAAUCACAUAUAUAACAGGUAUUUUAGCUGAAUGUUGCUUUGCCUUUCUUCUCCACUCUCUUUCCUUCCAACUUUCCUACCUGUCUUUCCUCCUUUCCCUGUCUAUCUUCCUCCCUCCCUCCCUCCAGAACCCAGACCUAGAGGUGGAUGAGAACGGGACAUUAGACCUGAGUAUGAAGCAGCGUCUAGGGGGUGGUGUAGGUGCGGUGCUCACCCCCCUGGAGCCCAUGUCUCCCCAGCGCCAGGCGCUGAUGCGUUAUGGCAUGGGGGAUGACUGCUGGGACCUACCAGUCGACUACGCCAAGAUCAAAUGCAUCGACGAGGACAGCAAAGAGGUACUAAAAUGAGAAGGAUGAUGAUGAUCAGAUGAUGAUGGUGAUCACUACUCUAACCUGUAACUCGUAUUGUGGGAUGAGGUUAUCCUAUCUUUCAAUGACUUUCUAUAACAUUAGCUUCACAGUCAGCAUUCAAAUAUCAUGCAUAUACACAAACAGCUUGCUACUGUACAUACACUACCGGUAAAAAGUUUUAGAACACCUACUCAUUCAAGGGUUUUUCUUUAUUUUUACUAUUUUCUACAUUGUAGAAUAAUAGUGAAGACAUUAAAAUGAUGAAAUAACACAUAUGGAAUAAUGUAGUAACCAAAAUAGUGUUAAACAAAUCAAAAUAUAUUUUAUAUUUGAGAUUCUUCAAAAAUAACAUUUACAUAAGAUAGAGAUCAAAGGGGUAAACAUGAAGCAUGAAAGCCUUUAAGCUCAUGUAUACAUGCAUGCACAAACAUACACAAACAUACAAACAUACAUGCAUACUUUAAAUACAGUGCCAGUCAAAAGUUUGGACACACCUACUCAUUCAAGGGUUUUUCUUAAUUUUUACUAUUAUCUACAUUGUAGAAUAAUAGUGAAGACAUCAAAACUAUGAUAUAACACAUAUGGAAUCAUGUAGUAACCAAAAAAAGUGUUUUAUGUUUGAGAUUCUUCAAAGUAGCCACCCUUUGCCUGAUGACAGCUUUGCACACUCUUGGCAUUCUCUCAACCAGCUUCAUGAGGUAAUUACCUGGAAUGCAUUUCAAUUAACAAGUGUGCCUUCUUAAAAGUUAAUUUGUGGAAUUCCUUUCCUUCUUAAUGCAUUUGAGCCAAUCAGUUGUGUUGUGACAAGGUAGGGGGGGUGGUGUAUACAGAAGAUAGCCCUAUUUGGUAAAAGACCAAGUCCAUAUUAUGGCAAGAACAGCUCAAAUAAGCAAAGAGAAUUAAGAAAAUAGUAAAAAAUAAAGAAAAACCCUUGAAUAAGUAGAUGUUCUAAAACUUUUGACCGGUAGUGUACAUCUAACAUUAAGAUUCACAAAGGCCUACAUACAGAAGUCCCCCGCUGCAUUUUAAUAACACCCAUCCAUUUGGCAUUCCAUACAGUACCUACUGUGUUUCACAUCUGUCCAACCCAAGCCAUCUGUCUCCAAGGACUUUCUGUUGAUUCCUUUUUGUAUAAGACUCCCAUUUCAUGUUGAGGUUAUUUUUAACACCAGCCCAGAUCUCAGGUUGUUAAUUUCCAUCAGCAUCACUAUACAGCAGACAGAGGUAUGCUGUGUCUCUCUGCUAUUCUCCAGAAUGAAUUAUGCAAAUAAAUAUUGGGAGGGAAUCUAAAUAGCUCUUCUCAUCAAAAGACUGCAGGAAAUCAGUGUGUGUCGGCGUCUACGUGUGUGCAUGUGAGCGUGCCUGCGUGUGUGUAUGCCUGUGUAUGUGUGCCUGCUUUUACGCUGUAGAGGAUCUUGCAAAAUGACCCAGCCCAAUGCUCUUCAAUGUGUGCUGGAUAUAUUUUCCUGUCUUUAGGGGCAUUACUGUACACAAAGGAAAAUAGAUGGUUUACAUCAAUAGUCCUGCCCCGCCUGGCUGCCUGCACUGUAGACAAAGCCAGCCUUCAACCAGACUCUAGCGAUCUGGGACUUCACCACAGUGCCAUCUAGGGUAUCUGAUAAGUACUACAUUAGAAUGCUCAGCCAAACCCCUAAUUCUGAUUCCAUUGUGUUGAGGGCAAUAGGCAUUGGGAAAAACAACAUAGUGAAGCCUACUGGAGCACAACAGAGAGUCUCACGGUCAGUUUUCCUCAUAUAAUCCUGUAAAUAGUCAUGCAAAUAGAUAGCUCCAAUCUAGUAAUAUGCAGCACUUAAUAAAGACUCCAGGGUUUCUCGUCUAAAGAGAUAGCCCUGAUGUUUCCAGUCUGUCGUGGUAAGAAGUUCUUUACUACGUCAAUCCUCAAAGAAUGCUUUAUAUACACAACAGCAUUUCCAGUCUCCUCAUUCAGAGUCUCUUCUGUUGAUUCGCACACACUCAAACAAAUUGGCUUAGGUGCUCUCAGGAUCCAUACAGCGGUACUGUAAACGGCAUUAUUUCUACUUCCUGAGUGCUGCGUUCUCUCCACAGCCCAGAUUGACGGUAUGGCAGAGCCUCCUCAACCACCACCUUGGCAGCCCGCCAGGCAGGCGCAGCCAUUUGCAUACAAAUUGAGAGAGCAGAGUGCCAUUGUGUUUUAAAGAGACCUGCUUCUAAAGCUCUGAGAGUGCCAAGGCAGUUCUCUUUCUAUUUCUCUGUGUGUGUGUGUGUGUGUGUGUGUGUGUGUGUGUGUGUGUGUGUGUGUGUGUGUGUGUGUGUGUGUGUGUGUGUGUGUGUGUGUGUGUGUGUGUGUGUGUGUGUGUGUGUGUGUGUGUGUGUGUGUGUGUGUGUGUGUGUGUGCGUGCGUGCGUGCAUUCGUGCGUGCGUGUGUGAGGCUGAUAAUCCACCCUCUGAAGGUCUGAGUAAUACCUCUGGUUAAGGAAGUAGGCAUUCUUCCUCGCCGAGCCAGUGACUUUGCCACCAACCGAUUGUGCUCUAAGUGGGUAUUUGUUGGUGUGUGUCUGUGUCUAUUUAUGAGUAAGAGAGAAAGACUGAGAAAGAGAAAGAGCUUAGAAUGACAAGCCACUGAAUCCUGAAUGCCCAUCUGUCUCAAAUCAUACCGUUGAUUUUCCGAAAGACAAAUGUCACUGUAUUUCAGUCAGAUUUGAUUUUAAAUGGAGCUGAAGUUGAUGUGAACCUGGCUGCUGCUCUUCAACACUAAUAUAAAUGAUAGAGGACAUACUUUACCUUGUGCCCCUCUUCUAGCGUGCUGGUGGCCCAGGGACAGCUUUAAACUGUAGCUGGCAGCCACAGGCAGCCUGAUGGGCCGUGCAACCCAUGCCCUCUGUCUCCCACAGUGCAACUCCACAGAUAGUUGGUCUGUCAGAGCUGUCAAUUUCAAUUCAUAGUCCCACUCCGUCCUCGCCAUCUUUUUGACUGUGUGUAUCUCUCUUUGUCUCUCCCCAUCCCUCUCUCUCUCCUCUUUUCUGUCUCUUUCUCGCUCUCGUUCCUCUCUCUUAUUCACCCUCUCAUCCCAAUCUCUCUGGUUCCCCCCCUCUUUCUCACUCAUCCCUCUCUCUCAUCCACUCUUUCUCUCGCCUAAAUCCCCCUCUUCAUCUAGCCUGAUGACCUGGACCAGUUCCGGGAUCUGCUGGAGGAGCGAGGUUACUCUGGUGAUGUCACCAUGCACAGCCCCAAGCCCAAGUACGCCCAGUGCAAGGAGAGCAAGAAGGAUCUGAUAACGUAAGACUGACCAGGAGGGGAUAUGUGUGCAUGUGUGUUACAGGAGGUUGGUGGCACCUUAAUUAGGGAGGGUGGGCUCAUGGAAAUGGCUGAAGCAGAAUGAGUGGAAUGGUAUCAAAUACAUCAAACACCAUGGUUUCCAUGUGUUUGUCAUUCCAUUCGCUUUGUUCCGGCCAUUAUUAUGAGCCGUCCUCCCCUCAGCAGCCUCCUGUGGCUUGUGUGCCACCACUCCCCCUGCUCCCAUCUGCUUUUCUCCCCCUCCCUCUUUGCUUUCCCUUCUUUUUUGUCUCUGUUAUUUUCCUUGGCUUCAAAGGAACCACCCACCUCUUCUCCUUUGCAUGCUACAUUUGCAGUGCACAUUUCUGCCAGCUUUUCAUUUGAUCCACAGCUCUUCAGCCAGUGUAUUGAUGGCUUCUUAUGCUUCUCUUAUGUUGAUGCUUUAUCGUAAUAAAACAUCAGUACCUCUUCAUGUUGCAGCUGCGCCCUAGAACGGGGUCCAAAACAAACCAUUUUUGCAGACAGUGAAGCUAAACUGGAAACAAUGAAAAAACUAAUCAGCCAACAAAAAAGCAUAAACAAACCUUCUAUUUCUUUAUUUUAUGUUCCUCUCGUUAUGGUUUCAUUGUGUCUAUUUCUCUGGUGACAGAUGCCCAACACCUGGGUGUGACGGGAGCGGUCACGUGACUGGCGAUUACGUGUCACAUAGAAGGUGUGACUUCAUUUUCUCCUGGUGGAAUAAGUCUCUUGGAUUUAUUGUUUUCAGCUUACCUCGACUAACCUGUCAGACUAAUGCAGCACAUCUCUGUGUUGACCUUUUGAGUAGGAUUACAGUUAACCUUUUGAGUCCAAGUGCAGUAUCAUCAUGGUACACAUAGGCCUACCAGAUACCCAAUAAUUGUGUCAAGGAAUCUACCCAAUGAAAUUGCAGAGCAUUUAAACAAAACAACUGUGUUCUACACAUGCUAUCACCGAAUGCAGUUGUUCAGAGAGUUAACACUUUUAUUUACUGACCCUAAGUCCCCCCUGCACUCGCAUCAUGGCUUUCUUGCAAUUCCAGUCUUGUCAGUGUGUGUGUGUGUGUGUGUGUGUGUGUGUGUGUGUGUGCGUGCGUGUACAGUAUGUGUCUCUGUCAUCCUGUUUCAGCGGUGGGUCCUCUCUCUUGUUGGCCUCACUAACAUUGUCCUGAUAUAUCUUUCAGUCUCUCUGGCUGUCCUUUAGCUGACAAAAGCAUUCGAAGUAUGAUGGCCACCAACUCACAAGAGCUCAAGUAAGGCGUGAUAUGUUUCAUUAUUAUGUUUCUUUCCUCUUUUGUUGAUAUGAAAAUGUAUGCACUCACUAACUGUAAGUCGCUCUGGAUAAGUGCGUCUGCUAAAUGACUCAAAUUUAAAAUGUAAAAUAUAUUGUAAAAAAGGUAUCAUGUAUCAAACAGGUUUUAGUUCCUCAGACAAAACUAAUACACUCUACUGACUGUUACAGUGAAAUACAUUAUCGAUGUGGUACAGAAUGAGUGUGUUUUUUAGUGUGUCCAUCAAGACCUGUUGAUUACUGUAGGCCCUGAUUCGCUGUGCUUUCUGUCCCAGGUGCCCGACACCGGGGUGCGAUGGUUCUGGGCAUAAUACUGGCAACUACGCAUCACACAGAAGGUAAAUACACACACACACACACACACUUGUCGUUCCUCACACAGGCAGUAGACUGGACACAGACCUCUCAGGCUGGGUCAGAGUCAUUCUCUGUGUCUGUAAUAUUUGUCAUUGAUGUGGUUGCCUUUCCUCUGCAGUCUAUCAGGGUGUCCGCGGGCCAGGAAGAGUGGGAUCAAGAUCACACACAGUAAAGAGGACAAGGAGGACCAAGAGCCCAUCAGGUUAGCCUGCCAUGAAUGAGACGUGGUCUCCCAGUGUUUGAGUGUUCCCAAACACCUCUCAAAGACUCAGGGAACUACAGGGCUCACCCAUUUUCUAGAUGCCCUUAACCAAUGACACUUGAUUCCCUUAACUGACUCUUAGUGUUCUUAAUGUUACGCCCCUGAAAAAGGGGAGAAAUAAUCACGAGAGUGAUACGGUUAUAUUUCCUCACUGAGAACUUUAGUGUAAUCAUUUUACAAAAGUACCACAUUUUACAGAACAACAGAUCUACAGGAAAUAGAUAGUUUUGUAGGGUACAAGGCUUAUUCAAGUCACAACAGCAUUCACUGUAAUUCACUGAAACAUAUAUACAUUUUUCAAUAUAACUGUCAAGCACAAAGUAGCUUUAGCUCAGUAAACCAUAACUAAAUGUAUCAACAAUGUCAAUAAAGUGUUUGAAACACAUUAUACAAAUAACACCGCAAAAUAUAUUAUUAACAACGUACAUGUUCAUUCACAAUUAACAUAAAAUGGCAGCUACUCUCAGUACGAAGCUAUUCUUCGCUGCAACCGAGCGGGGCUCCACUCACACACGCACAUAUUACACUCUGCAAACGUAACUCUAACUUACUCAAGAUGUUACUAAAACACACCUUAAACACUCUUGACAUGUUAGCAAGUUAUUACAUUUAAAUUAACUCUGUUUUAUAUCAAUAAUAUACCUGAAAAAGGGGAGAAAUAAUCACGAGAGUGAUACGGUUAUAUUUCCUCACUGAGAACUUUAGUGUAAUGAGGAAAAGACCGCGAUUUCCCCGGGAACUUGGGUGGAGACCAGAGCAAUCGAUCUCAGGCUCAUAGAUUAAGAGCAUUUAGUAGUUCACAGGUUAACACUUUUACCCUUAAAUUAGGCACCACAAAAUAAAGUAGUCAAUAUAACGUUUACGCAUUCCUCUUUCAAUUUUUACCCUUUGUACGCUUGACGGAUUUUAACCUUUUAACAUAAUUAUAUGAAUUUUAUCAAUCUCUAUGAACUAGUACUGAAUGCAUGAUCUUUUUAACCUUAGAUAUUUUAAGAUCCUCACAUACCAUGAACUUACUGAUACUUUUUAGUGUAUUACAGGCUAUGAGUACUUCCUUUAACCUGUCGCAUUAACACAACAUUUCCAAAUGAUUAGAUUGAAACAGAUCUAGGCAACCCACAGUCUACCAUGGUUUUAGAAGGAGGGUUGUCCUGCAUAGGGUUCUGCUGUGAAUAGAGAUACAGAGACCGCUAGCUUAGACAGAGAUUGAUCUGGAUUCUACCUAAAUCCUCUAAUGGGCUUUUCUGGCCACAGCUCUGCACUCCCAUCGAUUUCUCUGUGGUGCUGAAAGGAAACCAACACCCUGGGCUGUCUGUGUGUCAGUCUGUCUGUCUCACACGGUCAGCCAAGCCAAAAUAGGUUUUCCCACACAUCUAUCUCCACUAAAACAGCCCAAAAUGAGCAUUGGCUGGUGGAGGAAAGUUAUUGGACUUAAAGUCAAACUUUUUUCUUUCUGAAAGCAUUUGGAACUGUGUUGGGGUUUGGACCAGUUUUUUCUGCGUUAUUUCAGGGAAGGGGAAAGAGAUUCUGACUGUUUCUGGAAAUAGAAUAAGCCUGAUAGAUAGAUUAACAAAACCAAGGGGAGUUAUAACCAUAAUCCACUGGGGAAAUAUGAUGUGUUGAAACAUUUGCAGCUUCACUGGAUCUGAUUAGCCAUAGUGCUGACUGCUGAUUUAACAUUGACUCACUUUAAUCUGUGUCAGUGUGAUAAACUGCCAUAGGGACAGAUUAGACCAGAUCAGACCAGAUUUAAGGUGUUUUUAUUUAUAUUUAAAUUGGAGGGAUUAUAUAUAUAUAUAUAUAUAUAUAUAUAUAUAUAUAUAUAUAUAUAUAUAUAUAUAUAUAUAUAUAUAGAUAUAGAUAUAGAUAUAGAUAUAUACUGUAUUAUCUCUCAUUAUGAAUAAUGGUACUCAAAACCCAAACAAAGCCAUACUGCAUUCAAUUCUGUAAUGAUAUUUCCAUAAACGUAGGCACCCAUGAAAUAAUAUGUGGUCCAACUUUACAUUACAUAGACCAUAUGGCAUUGCAAUAACUAUGUAAUUACACAAUUCUUCCUGACAAUGUAUCCUGAUCAGGAAAAACUCUGGGCCCUUGUCAGAAAGAAACUCCAGUCCCUGGUUAUUAGAAUAACCAGAGCAUCCCUCUGCCAUCCACAGGUGUCCGGUCCCGGGCUGUGAUGGUCAGGGUCACGUGACGGGGAAGUACGCGUCUCACCGCAGCGCAUCGGGCUGCCCCCUAGCUGCCAAGCGACAGAAGGACGGCUACAUGAACGGCUCCCAGUUCACAUGGAAGGCUGGGAAGACAGACGGCAUGUCCUGUCCCACCCCGGGCUGUGACGGCUCGGGCCACGUCAGUGGGAGCUUCCUCACGCAUCGGAGGUGGGUCUGGGUCCUGCAUCAAUAUCCCAUAAUGCAUCCUCCCUUUAUCCCUUCCCUGAUGUAAUCACUGAUCUGACAUGACGGGCUUUGUGAAAGCUAUGUAGUGGACCCAAUGCUUUCACCUAUCCAGUCAGGUUGUGUGUGUGUGUCUAAAUAAAAUUUGUACUAUUUGUGUGUAACUAUUUUCUCGUCUGUUCCCCUAGCUUGUCAGGCUGUCCGCGUGCCACGUCUGCCAUGAAAAAAGCCAGACUGUCUGGACUGUCAGAAAUGCUAACGAUAAAACAGCGCACCAGCAAUGGUAAUGACUGUCACACACACACAAUGGAGCCAAUCAGGAGAGUGUAUGUGUAAUGAGCUUCUGAUUAGAAUCCCAAUCUGAUAUAAAGAGCCAAUCAGGAGUGUGUAUGCGUAAUGAACUCCUAAAUAAAAUAAAUAAAUAAAUAAAAUAAAAAUGCCAUUUAGCAGACGCUUUUAUCCAAAGCGACUUACAGUCAUGUGCGCAUAAAUGGUAUCCCAAUCUGAAACAAUGGUUUCAGGACUGCCAUACAGCAAUCACAGAAAUCCAUACAGCCUCUACAUCCUCUGAGCUAGCAAGCUCGCCAGUGACAAUUAGUCUAUUCAUAGAUGCGGUAAAGGAGUCAAUGGAACGCGGUUGUUCCAAUGACCAGAUUGGCGCACAUUCAACAAAUCUGUUCUAACAAAGUGGAUAUGCGUGAAAUUCGUCAUUAUUUAUGUAGUGUAACAGGCCCACAAUUUCGCUGCAUUACAUGUAGAAGUUGUCCCUUUUCAGGUUUAGAAGAAGUGACUGCGAAAUGCUAACUCCCGUUCGUAUAAGUUGGUUAGCAUAGCUAGCAUACAGAAAUCAUUGAUGGUAGUCAAAGUUGUUUUUAACUGUAAUGCAGUUGCUUGGUUGACAUUCAUACAAGCAUUAUAUUUUUACCUCAACAUAUUGUUAAGUACACAUAUAAACAAUAGCGUAAAUGUAGGCUAAUUUUGCUGGAGGGCAAUGAGGUUCACUCAGGAUCUUUCCCCCACGGCCCUUUCCCUCAUGCGUUUCCAUGGCAAUUCCAUUGUUUUGGUCGAGUUCCAUUAACCUCUUUACCAAAGAUUUUUAUAACUAAACCUCAUUGUUCUAUCUGUGUCUUUACCGCAUCUAUGGGUUGCACCUCCGUCAUUUGGUCGUGUCGUUGCCAUUGUUAUCAUCGUUCUACAGACGCUGCAGACAUACUGAUGCCCAAAGUAGAACGGGAGUUAAUGACCGUUUCGUCUAAACUAGAUGACAUUGCUAAAGUAGGCAAAUAUUUAGUUGGAAACAACUUUGCAAUCAACAUCAUGUACUCAAAUUUACUUUAGACAGAUGGCAAUGUUGUCAUUAGCUAGCAAAGUUUGUCAAAAAUACCCAAGCAAUGCUAACGUUAGCUAGAUAACAUCCGGUGGUCUCCCCUCAAUCUGAUUUAUGUAGCUAACGUUAUAUUGCAUCUAAAGUCAAUCUGGCGACAUCAAAAUGAUGACAAAAGGUUGUCCUACUAAUUAUUUGCCUUCUUUAGAAAUGUAAUUGUAUUUCUUUCUUUAACAAUAUUUUAUUUUUCCUUUUCUUUAUUUUUUUCUACAAUCCAUAAAAAAAAUUCAACAAACUUAUACAUACAAACGACAACUCACAGACACCCACAAACAAUGACCACAUCUCCUCUGCCCAGACCCGCAUUUUCACACCCCCAUCCCUAGUGCCUGCAUUACUGUUUGUCACUUGUUCUUAAAUUGUACCAAUUUGUUUUUCUCGGUCGCCCAUGCUAUUUCAAUAUUUCAAUAAAAAAUUAUUUGAAUUGUCCAUUGUGCCAAUGAUGGCGGAUUGAUUGACUUCCAUGUUUUUUGUAUACUUAUUUUCAAAAUGAGUGAUGAGAAAAAAAAUCGUCCAGCCCAUUGGGUAUCUCACUACCCCCCCAUUCCCCCCCCCCCCCCCUCCCAUAUGUCAUGUCUAGAAAUUAAAAGUGAGUUUACAUUGUUAUACUUCUGACAGCCAACUUUCUAGCAAUUUCCAAACUUCAUAGAAUUCUCAGACAGCAUGGAUUAUUAAGUGAUUAUUAGUUUUACACUUGAGACAUGACUCUGCCGUUGUGUUAUAUAAUUUGUGAAUUUUGUCUCUUGUAUAAUACAUUCUAUACAUUAGUUUAUACUGGAUCAAGCAUACAUUUUCAUUAACUGUAAUUGUGUUAGUUAUUCUCCAACUUUCCCUCCAUAUUGUGGCAACAUCAGUUCUUUUUCAAUCUUGGUUCCAAUAAUUUAUAUUUUUUUCGAAGAGAUUGUCAGUUGGAUAUGCUUUCUGCAAGGUUUUGUAGAUCUUCUUUAUCAUAUGAACAUCGUUUUCUGACUCAAAUAAUAUUCCCUCAAGGUUGUUCUGAUGUCUAAAAGACUUAAAAUCGACGUUGAUAUGUAACGUUUAAGUUGCAUGUAUUUGAAACUAUUGGUCAGUCCAAAAUGACUUCUAAAUUCUGUCAUGGAAAUAAAUGUUUUUCCUGUUACCUAGUCAUUUACGGUUUCUAUGCCUUUAAUUUUCCAUGUGGGCCAUUUUAUCGAUGAAUUCUGAAAAGCUAUCCAAUGAUUAUUCCAUAAGGUUGUGUGUCAUUGUAUUUCCAAGUCAUUGUAAUGCACUUUUGAUGAUCUAGUUGACAGUGCAUUGAGUAGAAUGCUCAGUCUGGCAUCAGACGAAUGUUCAAAACAAUAUUGUGACGAAACGUGCAACCCAUUAAUAAAGAUACCAUCCCUUUGCCUCUAUCACACUCUCAUUCACCCACCACACUGACAGAUUAUUUUAAGUAUUUUGUUGGGUUUUGAGUGGGUGGCAGUUAUCUAAUAAUUGUUCUCUGUAUUAUCUUUUGAAGGAAUCGAGAAUGAGGAAGAGAUGAAACAGCUGGAUGAAGAAAUCAAAGAUUUAAGUGAAUCUAAUUCACAAGUGGAAGCAGAUAUGAUCAAACUUAGAACACAGGUAAGUCAGUAGUACCAUGCCAUUUGUUGACUUGAAUAUUUGACUCAUUUCAUGCUUACCGUUCAGUUUCUACUCAUUGUGGCACACCAUUCUGCUAUUGUCAGAGCUCCUAGACUCUCAGUGUGUAUUUGUAGCACAGCGUACACCUAAAUUAAUCUACCCUCCACUAAAGCACUCACCAGAAAUGUGACUCCAGCUUGGAAAAAUCUGUCCAAUCGUCAUACAUGAUCUACCAUCAGUGAAACACAUCCUAGCAUAUCUCACAUCUGGGAGAAUGCAGUGUAACAAAGUGGGGCAUUCCUAAUUAUAAAGCACUUUUCCUCUGGGGUCCUCUGCAUGCCAAACACAGAGAAAUAGAGAGAGCAUAAUCACUCCCAGCCAACAAAGUGGAUCACCCAGUCCCCAAUAACAUCCUACAGCUCCAGUAGAAAGAGAACAGGAGCAGCAGCUUCACAGCUAGUAUAAUGGGUUUCUAUACAACUAUUUGUGUAUGUGAUCUGCAGAAGCUUAAAGUCAAUAUCAAGAAUGCAUCAAACACUCCUUUCAAAUCCAGGAAGGAAGGAAAGAAAAGAGCUUCACAAUAUGUUAAACUACAGUUUGCCUUUUUGUUAAUGCAUGCAAGUUUGAUCUCAUUUUGGAAAUACAGGCUGUAUUCUAACCUGUAGUAGACUUUUGGAACUCAAACAUUUGAGCACAACAGUGCAUUGGAGGCAGAUCCCACUGAGCAAAAACUGGUUGAAUCAACAUUGUUUCCACAUCAUUUAAAAAACAAAAAAUCUACAUGAUGACGUUGGAUCAAUGUGGAAAAAUUAUUGGAUUUGCAAAAAGUCACCAAUGUCUCUAUUUUUUACCAAACUUUUAACCUAAAUCCAAUGACAUAGUAAAAUGUUUUGUUGAUUUCACGUUGAAUUUACAUUAGUUGACAACUCAACCAAAUGUAAAUCAAAACUAGACGUUGAAAUGACUGCUGUGCCCAGUGGGAUGGCAUAUUUGUGCUAAGAUUGAGUUCGAAGCAUGUGUUGGAAUAUACCCCACAGAAUUUGAAGUACAUUUGUGUGAUUGUCAGUGUGUUGAAUUGCAUCUGUCCAUGCCCAUUCCCAUUGCUCUUCACAUAUGUUGCUCUGUUGCGGUUACAUCCAUCUCUCCAUGUGAUGAUGCCAUAGACAUGGCUGCACGCCAGCCAAUCAGCCGUGAGUUGUGGCGUGUCUGAGGUGUGCCGCUGCCCGUGGUAUGUGAACUGCACCCUGUGUGCUCCGCUGUAACAACCACAGGUAAAAACCACCACCUUUACCGUAACCCUCUUCUUCUCUCACGCUCCCUCCCUUCCCUAGAUUACCACAAUGGAGUCUAAUCUGAAGUCAAUAGAGGAAGAAAACAAGGUGAUUGAACAGCAAAAUGAAUCUCUCCUGCAUGAGCUGGCAGGUCUCAGCCAGACACUGAUUAACAGUUUAGCUAAUAUCCAGCUCCCUCAUAUGGUAAGGGAACACCAAGAACAACAACCUGGCAAGUUCCUAUAAGCAAACAUACUGUAGCAUAUGAGUUGAUUCAUUUAUAUACUCAUCUAUGUACAGUAUUUAUCUAUUCAUUAUUUACAUUUCUGUGAAGCCCUUAAAGACCCAGUUUUGUGCAUGCUGAGUUGAGCAAGGGCGUCAAGCCUAGAUGAAUGAAAAAUAGGUUAUUGCUAAUUUUAGCCAAACUGAAAAGGGGAAGUUUUAUAUGAGGCUUAUGUUAUCAAUUAGUGGGGAAUUUCUACAUGCAGAGACUUUCAAUGGUGACCAAACAACAGUCUGCUGAUAAUGUUUUCUGAUAUCCAACAUAUAGACAGAUUGGAGAGUCAGAUGAUUAUAAAAUAUUGCUAUCUACUGUAAAUGUUCUCAGUGCAAUGGAAACUUAGUCUCCGCCAUUUUGACACUCUAUCUGUAGCUAUAGGCUACUAUGUUUGCAAAUUCAACAAACUAACUUCUUGAUUUUCAUAGUGUGAUGCUAUAAUUGCAGGUCUGUUUUUACUGUAGGGCUAAAAGUAUUUUAGGGCAUGCCAAAAACAUAAGCAUCCAUUUAUACUUUAGAAAAAGAAGGACAAAAUAGCACGGGUCGUAAAGCUAUGACUGAUGCCCGUGUUAUUCACAAAUGGCCAUUUUGCCAUUUUCUUAUAAGCCAUAAUGCUGCCAUUUAUCGGGACCACCCAUAUGUAAAAAUGUAUGCACGCAUGACUGUAAGUCGCUUUGGAUAAAAGCGUCUGCUAAAUGGCAUAUUAUAUUAUAUUAUUAUAGUUAGAAUUUUCUUCAUCUAAAAAUGUGUAACCUUUGUAUGUGAACACAAUAAUAUAUCAUUCCAGAUGCUAUGAUCAUUCUGACUAUGUUGUGAGCUGGAUUCAGUUGCAGGCCCAAUUCACUACCACAGAUGUAUUCUUGUACUGUAUGCUUUGCUAUGUCUUGCCUUUAUUUAUUUCAAAGAUACAUUUUGUUAGAUGUGCUGUUGGUACUGCAGAUAAAAUCCUACCAUCUAGUGAUUGUUUGAGAGAGUACCAGUAACUAGAAACCAACUAACAGUAACUAACCUUUCCCCCCAUAGAAACCGCUUGCACACAAAGAGGCUCCCAUUAGAAAUAACAGCUGCUUACAGAUGCAUCAGAUAGUAAGACAAUCAUUCAUCAUAUUCUUAUUCUAACACUGCUUUUCUUCUCUUUAUUUCCUCAUAUGGACACUAUGAUAUACUACUAGUGUCAGAGCCACCAUAAUAGUCAAUAGAGUUAGUCAUCUGUCUGGUUCAGAAUCUCUCCCAUUCAUGUCCUCGUAAUGUCUUUCCCAUGUCCAUCUGUAUUUUAUUCAUGUGACCAUGUCUUUUUCCCAGUCAUCUUACAUCUCUUGAUGCGAUUUUUAUCCUGAAUCACAUCCAAUCCUGAAUUUCCCUUUUUUCCAAACUUUCUAACCACAAUGAUAAUCUAUUUGAAUGGAAAAAGCUUGUUUUAGCGAAAUGAAAGUGCACUUGUUGGUUGCAAAGUGCAUGUACAUACAAUGCGUAUAGACACUGCAGCAUGACCCUAUUUUCCCAAAGUGGACAUCGCUGCAUGACAUCUUACUCUGUGUGGAUCAUCUUUGUCUAAAACCACCACCUCUCAGCCUUUGACCUGUGGCAAGACACCUUAUUUAGAUGACUAUCAUUUUUAGAGCAAUUAAAUAUGAAAAGGCCCUUUCACAGGGCUAGUUCAGAGAAUAGUUUGUUUCAAGUGGUUUUAUCUCUGGUAAAUGGUUAAACAACUGUUUGUAAGUCUAAGCUCCUCAAAGGAUGACUUUAGAGUUUUCUUUAGGCCUGUCUUCUGUUCUCUGUUUAUCACCUCUUUUUCUUAUGAUCUCACUUAAUUCUGGUGUUCCACAGGAGCCGAUCAGCGAUCAGAACUUUGAUGCUUACGUGACCACGCUAACAGACAUGUACACCAACCAGGAGCAGUACCAGAGCCCUGAGAACAAAGCCCUGCUGGAAAACAUAAAACAAGCGGUGCAAGGAAUCCAAGUG